GGCCGGGCCGGGCGGCGGGCUGGGAGCCGGAGCGGCGCGCGCUGCGGCGGAAGAUGGCUGCGGCUGAGGCGGCCGACACUCAGCUGAUGCUCGGAGUCGGGCUGAUCGUGACCAUCUUUCCACCAUAGAAAAGGACACAAAUGGAGAAGUUCUAUGGGUGUGGUGUUAUCCUUCUACGACAGCCAUGCUAAGAAAUCUGCUGCUGCGAAAAUGCUGCCUUAUGGAUGAAAACAAACUUCUCCAUCCCUUUGUCUUUGGUCAGUAUAGAAGGACAUGGUUUUAUAUCACAACAAUUGAAGUUCCAGAUUCUUCAGUUUUGAAAAAGGUGACUCAUUUUUCUAUUGUUCUGACCGCCAAAGAUUUUAACCCAGAGAAAUAUGCCGCCUUCACUAGGAUAUUGUGUAGAAUAUAUCUGAAACAUGGGAGCCCAGUUAAAAUGAUGGAGAGUUAUAUUGCAGUUCUCACAAAGGGGAUAUGUCAGAGUGAAGAAAAUGGCUCUUUCCUUUGCAAGGAUUUUGAUGCUCGAAAGGCAUAUCUUGCUGGAUCUAUCAAAGACAUUGUAUCUCAGUUUGGAAUGGAAACUGUUAUCUUACAUACAGCAUUGAUGCUAAAGAAAAGAAUUGUCGUCUAUCACCCUAAAAUAGAAGCCGUCCAGGAGUUUACCAGGACUCUGCCUGCCCUGGUGUGGCAUCGACAGGACUGGACCAUUCUUCACUCCUACGUGCACCUCAGCGCAGACGAGCUGGAAGCCCUGCAGAUGUGCACAGGUUACAUCGCUGGGUUUGUAGACUUGGAGGUAAGCAACAGACCAGACCUCUACGAUGUGUUUGUGAAUCUGGCAGAUAAUGAAAUUACCAUUGCUCCACUUGCAAAAGAGGCCAUGACAAUGGGCAAAUUGCACAAAGAAAUUGGUCAGCUAAUUGUUCAGUCUGGAGAAGAUCCGGAGAAAUCAGACAACCAGGUUAUACAGGAUAUUGCCCUAAAAACCAGAGAAAUCUUAGCCAACCUAGCACUGUUUUCAGAAGUUUCGGAUGAUGGAGAAAAGCGAGUCCUCAAUUUGGAGGCACUGAAGCAGAAACGAUUUCCACCAGCAACAGAAAACUUCCUUUAUCAUCUAGCAGUAGCCGAACAGAUGCUGAAAAUCUGACUCUGCCAGAAUGUGUUCCUGACGACUGAUAGAAAACCCUUUCACUCUGUCCAUUAACUAUGUAAAAUACUGAAAGUAACAGAGAAACGUUAUAUUUUUAAUGAUUUGACCUUAAAAACAUUGAA